GUCGCUGACCUGCUCCACCACUGUCCCUUGAACCCAAACUUCUCAGCUGUACUCAUAUUUCUUACCCCUUCCUCUGCUUCUCUCUUUUUUUGUUUCCCCUCAUAAUGCUCCCGAUCGCCCGUGCGACCCCUUUCAAUUCCUCCGCCUAAUCCCUUCUUCGAUCCCUGCGGAUACCCGUCGACUACAGCUUCUCGACCGCUGAAUCCCUGUCACUUCGAAUCUCUUCGAGGGCUGUGUUUUUUCUCCGCCCAAAAUGAGGUUCGGCGAACACCUUCGUUCGUCGAUGAUCAAGGAGUACUACUGGUACUACAUCGCCUACGAAGACCUAAAGAAAGCGCUGAAGACAGGAUACGUGACCGAGCCUACGCCCGAUAAUUCGAAGCCUGAUCGCAAGCCGUGGACCGAGGAUAACGAGAAAGACUUCGUCUCCUUGCUUGAGAGUGAGCUAGACAAGGUCUUUACCUUCCAAAAGAUCAAGAGCGAGGAGAUUGUCCGUCGCAUCCAGACUAGCGAGACGGAAGUCAACAGUGUUAUUUCACGUCUUGAGAAUUCGUCCGAGUCGCGUCGUCAAAGCGUUCGUCCUGGUGCAGCUCCGCCUUCCGAUGAGGAUUUCCUGACACUCGAGCAAGUCUUGAGUGACAUCAUCGCGGAUGUUCAUGAUCUGGCGAAGUUCACCCAGCUGAACUACACAGGCUUCCAAAAGAUUAUCAAAAAACACGAUAAACAAACCGAGUGGUAUCUGAAACCAGUCUUCGCCGCCCGACUCAACGCCAAGCCGUUUUUCAAGGACAACUACGAUGCAUUUGUGGUCAAGUUGUCCAAGCUCUAUGAUCUAGUCCGUACAAAAGGAAACCCGGUCAAGGGAGAUUCGGCGGCUGGUGGCACCCAGCAAAACUUCGUCCGUCAAACCACGAAAUAUUGGGUUCACCCCGAUAACAUUACAGAGUUGAAGCUCAUCAUCCUUAAGCACCUCCCCGUCCUGGUCUUCAACCCGCGAAAGGAAUUCGAGGAAAAAGAUGCCGCGAUCUCAUCCAUAUACUAUGACAACCCCGAGACGUGGGAGCUAUACCAAGGACGUCUGAAAAAGACCGAGGGAGCGGAAGCCAUCCGACUGCGUUGGUAUGGUGGCAUGGAAAGCGAUCAGAUAUUCGUCGAGCGAAAGACCCAUCGUGAAGACUGGACCGGAGAGAAGUCGGUGAAGGCACGAUUCUCUCUCAAAGAGAAGAACGUCAAUGCAUUCCUGUCCGGGCAGAUGACGGUCGAGAGCGUUUUCGACAAGAUGCGAAGGGAAGGGAAGAAGAGCGAGGAUGAGAUCAACGACCUGGAGCAACUGGCGCGGGAAAUCCAAUACCGCGUCGUUACCCGAAGGUUGAUGCCCGUCACGAGGACCUUCUAUCACCGGACUGCCUUCCAGCUUCCCGGCGACGCGAGAGUUCGUAUCUCUCUUGACACCGAACUGACCAUGGUCCGAGAGGAUAAUCUUGACGGUCGGCGAAGGGCCGGAGACAAUUGGCGCCGAAUGGAUAUCGGUGUUGAUUUUCCCUUUUCACAACUCCCCGCCGAGGAUGUCGAGCGAUUCCCCUACGCUGUCCUCGAGGUUAAACUCCAGACGCAAGCUGGUCAGGAGCCCCCGAAGUGGAUCAGGGAGUUGACGGCCAGUCAUCUCGUGGAGGCGGUGCCCAAGUACAGCAAAUUCAUCCACGGAACGGCAACUUUGUUCCCCCAACGUAUUCAUCUUCUUCCCUUCUGGAUGCCGCAGAUGGACGUCGACAUUCGGAAGCCGGCGACGCGUCAAUUCGGUAUCCAGCGGCCUCUUCAAAGCACAUCUAUAUCUGCCAACGAAACGCAGGAAGACGACGACUCGGACGAUGAAGACCAGGAAGGGCGGGGUAAUAACAUAGAGAGCCGCCGCCGGGUAGAGUCGAAUGGGGAGGAAAAUGGCCUAUUCGAGGAUGGCGAUGGAAAUGCCUUGGACAUCGAAGAACGCAUUGGUGCUCAGCCGCUGCCAGGGGACGAAGAUUACCCGCUCUACGAUUCCGACGAGGACGAGGACUCGAUCGACUCUGACGAACUCGAAGAGGCCCGACGAGUCGGAGGAACGUAUUAUUAUCAGCAGUUGGCGAAAUAUUACACCCAUCGGGCUGGAAGAGCAGUGUUCCAAGGAUGCAAGGCACUUAUCCCUCGCCCCAGACCGACAAACCUCCCUCCACCCGAGCAGAACGGCAUCAGUGUGAUCGGAAACCAGCGAACUCACCAACGAUUUGCGGCCCCCAAGGGAAAGCGCAUUCACGUCCCCGUCCGCGUGGAACCGAAGGUGUACUUCGCUGCCGAACGAACCUUCCUCUCAUGGUUGGAAUUCUCCAUCCUUCUGGCUACGAUAGCAGCCACAUUGCUCAAUUUUGGAAACGAUUAUAUCACAUUUGCCUCGUCAUGGGCAUUCACCAUCCUUGCCGCCUUGGCUCUGGUCUAUAGUCUCAUGUUGUACAUCUGGCGUGUCGAUAAGAUUCGCAAGCGACGCGAUGUCAAGCGCGUUUACUACGAAAAAUGGGGUCCUACUGUUGUCGGCGUCGGCCUUGUUGUCAUAGUCAUGGUUAACUUUGGACUGAGAAUGCGACAAGCCGGGUUCAUCUCCAAGGUCGUCGACAUCCAAAUGGGCAGAGUGCCAGGCGGCCGAGGGCCCAGUGCAGACGAGCUAUGAUCCAAUCGCCGAGUCUAUCGACGCUCAAAUUUGAUUACUUGUGUACAUCAUUCUUUUCUUUAGUUCUGACGCAAUAUGUCCUGAUCACGAUUCCCCCUUCGCCCUUGUCAUUUUUAUUUAUCCUUGAGGGGACUCUGUCUGCAUGUUUUGGAACGUUGGUCUAUGCUUUCUUCUCGGUUUUUCUUUUGAUUUCUCUUUUUAUCUUCUGCUUUUGGAUCCGUUGGCAAAGGCACUAACUAGACUGGGUAUAUGAGCAAUCAUGACAAGUACGAAAUGAAAUUCCCUGUACAAAAAAAAAGCAUUCUUGGCGAGGAUGGAAAGCGUGUCUCUUUUUGGCUGUUAGGUUUUUGUUACUCGAGCUGUUUGGUCUGG